AAUUCCGAUGACACGCUCACGUGACAUUCCGACUAUAAAACGGAAGGCAGACGAUUGCUUCGUUAUUAGCAACUUUCCACAGACGUCCAUCGAGCUGCCGGUACAGCGGACAGCCUGCUAGUCGUAUACACGGUCGAAAGGUUCUGCUCGGGACGAUGUUUGGGAGCCUGUUUCUGGUGACGGUGCUGGUUGGCGUGACGACAGCGGCCGUGAUCGACCAGAACCCCAACCUGGACAUGCACUGGAACAUGUGGAAGAUCAAACACAGCAAGGCCUACAAGCACCAGGCGGAGGAGUACGGGAGGCGGAGCAUCUGGGAGAAGAAUCUGCGGCUGAUCUCCCUGCACAACCUGGAGACGUCCCUGGGCCUGCACAGCUACGACCUGGCCAUGAACCACCUGGGAGACCUGACUUCAGAGGAGGUGGUGCAGACCCUCACAGGCGUUCAGGUCCCCUCAGACCUGGAGAGGGGCCCCUCCACGUUCGUACAGUCCUCCGGGGCCUCUGUGCCGGACUCCGUCGACUGGAGGACCAAGGGCUACGUCACGGAUGUGAAGAUGCAGGGGUCGUGUGGCUCGUGCUGGGCCUUCAGCGCGGCAGGAGCCCUGGAGGGCCAGCUGAUGAAGACCCGGGGCCAGCUGGUGUCCCUCAGCCCCCAGAACCUGGUGGACUGCUCCUCAAAGUUCGGUAACCAGGGCUGCAAAGGUGGCUUCAUGACCCAAGCCUUCCAGUACGUCAUCGAGAACCAGGGCAUCGACUCGGACGCCUCCUACCCUUACGACGCCGUGGAGGGGAAUUGCCGGUACACUGUUGCCGGGCGUGCGGCUAACUGCUCCAGCUACACCUUCGUGCAGCAGAAUGACGAGGCGGCCCUGAAGGCGGCCGUGGCCAGCGUGGGGCCCAUCUCCGUGGCCAUCGAUGCCAGGCGCCCCUCCUUCGCCUUCUACCGCAGCGGUGUGUUCGACGACCCACAGUGCAGUCAGGAGGUGAACCACGGUGUCCUCGUCGUAGGCUACGGAACUCUGGAAGGGAAAGACUUCUGGCUGGUCAAGAACAGCUGGGGGGUGAGAUUUGGUGAUGGAGGCUACAUCCGAAUGGCGCGCAACAAAGAGAACCAAUGUGGCAUCGCUGAAUAUGGCUGCUAUCCUGUCAUGUGAUCUCCCCUGACCCCGAGGAAUAGGAUUUAACUAUUUUUGUUUAACUGGAGUGGGAAUGUCACUGUCCUUGCACUUUCUAUUGUCAUUUUCAGUCUUAUUUUAAUGGGAUUCUCUUGUGUAAUAUAAUUUUUGAAAUCAUUAUUUUUUAAUUGUUUUAAAAAAAAAAAGAAAAUGCUGUGUUUUUAAAGAUGGAAUAAAAUGUACUUUUAAUACGA